AUGGCGCCAACUCCAACCCCAACCAAAAACAUCCUCAUCCUAGGCGCUAGCUACGCCGGAGUAUCCACAGCGCACUACCUCCUCAAACACGCCAUACCCAAACUCCCAGAUCCAGAGUCUUACAAGAUCGUCCUGGUCAGUCCCUCGACCGAGAUAUUAUGCCGCCCCGCCUGUCCACGGGCCAUGAUCUCAGAUGAUCUAUUGCCUCAAGACAAGCUUUUCGUUUCUAUCCCUGAGGUAUUCAAGAAAUACUCAGAGGAGAACUUCCGAUUUGAGCAUGCGACUGCCCUUGAGCUGGAUCAUGCAGGCAGAAAGGUUUUGGUUAAAUCUACGGAUCAGGUUGAGAAGACCAUAGAGUACCAUGCUCUCGUUAUCGCUACGGGGGCGUCGACCCCGUCUCCGUUGCUUGGCUUGAAUUCCGGUGCGGAUACGCUACGAGCCGAAUGGGUUGAGUUCCGUACAGAAAUGUCUCGAGCGAAGAGUAUUGUUAUCGCAGGUGGAGGGCCUGCCGGGAUUGAAACAGCUGGUGAGCUGGGCGAACACUUGAAUGGGACAUCUGGGUGGUUUUGCGGCAAGCUUGAGAAUCCCAAAGUGCAAAUCACCGUUGUUACAUCGAGCUCUCAGAUUCUACCUGGUCUCCGGUCUAGCAUCGCCAAAAAGGCGGAGGGAUUACUUGCGCGUAUGGGUGUUGUUGUGGUGAAGGGAACCAAAGUCGUGGACGUGCAGCCUCCAAGUGAGGAGAAGGAUACAACGGCUAUAACACUUUCCGAUGGAAGUGUUCUCGAGGCCGAUAUCUACAUUCCAGCAGUCGGGACCACCCCCAAUACAUCCUUUAUCGACAAAUCCCUGUUAAUAGCCGACGGUCGGGUGAAUGUCACAAACGCGUUGCGCGUAGAAGGAGCAGGGGAAAGAGUCUACGCUGUGGGCGACGUAGCGUCAAAUGCACGACCAGCAGUUCAUGCAAUUCUCAGCGCCGUACCAGUGCUCUGUGCUAACGUUAAACGCGAUCUACUGCUUGCUUCCGGUGUUGAUGUGUCCGGAGCUGAUCGAUUAUUCCUUGAAGAUACUCGGGAGACGCAGCUUGUUCCCAUUGGGCGGAGAUGGGGUGUUGGAGCUGCCAUGGGGUGGCAGAUACCUAGCUUCAUGGUGUGGUUGAUCAAGGGUCGAGAUUACUGGCUUUGGACGACGGGUGGGCUGUGGAGUGGGAGUCAGUGGGAUAAAGAGUCGUGA